AAGAAGAUUGGAGAGUGUAUAAAUGGAAGACUUGCAGCGGCAUUAAGGUUUGUGUACCAGUGUCCUGUGCUUUGGUGUGUGUCGGCUGCUUCUCUGCUCAGAUUUGCUCUUCUUCCUCUGUCUCUCUCUUCAAAGGCUUGUAGGAAAUGGAGUCGUUUCUGUUUACAUCAGAGUCUGUGAACGAGGGACACCCAGACAAACUCUGCGACCAAGUCUCCGACGCAGUCCUGGACGCAUGCCUCGAGCAAGACCCCGAAAGCAAAGUGGCAUGCGAGACUUGCACCAAGACCAACAUGGUCAUGGUCUUCGGCGAAAUCACCACCAAGGCCAAAGUCGACUACGAGAAGAUCGUCCGCGACACCUGCCGCGCCAUCGGCUUCGUCUCGGCUGACGUGGGUCUAGACGCUGACAGCUGCAGAGUCUUGGUCAACAUCGAGGAGCAGAGCCCCGACAUAGCUCAAGGUGUUCACGGUCAUUUCACAAAACGUCCCGAGGAGAUUGGAGCCGGUGACCAAGGUCACAUGUUCGGGUACGCGACGGACGAGACUCCUGAGCUUAUGCCGCUGAGCCAUGUAUUGGCCACGAAGCUCGGUGCGCGUCUCACCGAGGUUAGGAAGAACGGGACUUGCCCGUGGGUUAGACCUGACGGGAAGACUCAAGUCACCGUUGAGUAUUACAACGAGAACGGUGCUAUGGUCCCUGUCCGUGUCCACACUGUUCUCAUCUCCACUCAGCACGAUGAGACCGUCACCAACGAUGAGAUCGCACGUGACUUAAAAAAGCCCGUGAUCCCCGCCAAGUACCUAGACGAGAAAACCAUCUUCCACCUAAACCCGUCUGGGAGGUUUGUCAUCGGUGGUCCGCACGGUGACGCUGGUUUGACCGGACGCAAGAUCAUCAUCGACACGUACGGUGGAUGGGGAGCUCACGGCGGUGGUGCCUUCUCGGGUAAAGACCCUUCUAAAGUCGAUAGAAGCGGUGCUUACAUAGCUAGACAAGCAGCUAAGAGCAUUGUGGCGAGCGAUCUAGCGCGCAGGGCUCUUGUUCAGGUCUCUUACGCCAUCGGUGUCCCCGAGCCGUUGUCUGUUUUCGUUGAUACUUAUGGAACGGGGAAGAUUCCAGACAAGGAGAUUCUCAAGAUCGUGAAGGAGAACUUCGAUUUCAGGCCGGGAAUGAUGACGAUUAACCUUGACCUCACGAGAGGUGGGAAUGGGAGGUUCUUGAAGACUGCUGCGUACGGACACUUUGGGAGGGAUGAUCCUGACUUUACUUGGGAGGUUGUUAAGCCGCUCAAGGCAGAGAAGGCUUGAAACAAGAGGCAGCUUAUUGUUUCUAACUACGUUUAAUGUUUUUGUUUGAAACUCUUUUAAAUCUCUUUUGUGGCUUUCAGUCUCGCUUUGGUUUGUUCUUUUCUUCUUCUUUUGUCAGUGUGAUGUUAUGUAAGGGCUGUUCUUUUGGUCAAUGCGGCUAGUUGCGGCAGCGACUGAAAUUUAAGCUA